CAAAGGUCAUUUUUGUUAUCCAUGUUUGGGAAGAGGAUAGGAAGAGAGAUGCUUGUUAGAUUGGUUUAACGUUAGAGGAUGUCAGUGGGUUCCUGUCUGUGUGCGAUAGAGGGGGCCUAUGUUGAAUAAUGUAAAGCUUCUUGGGUUGUGUACUCACUGCUGGUUAAAUAAUGAAUGAGCCCAUCACAGGUAACCUCACAGGUACACACUAAUCUUUCUCUCACCCAUCUCUCUUCAAGUGUGUGACCACAGGUGUAUGUGCGUGUGUCUAUGAGGGAAAGAGUUAAGUAAUUGUGUGUGUCAGGGUAACAUAACGUCUAUCCCACUUAUUGUUGCUUAAUGUAUUUCAACGACACACACAUACACACACACACAGAUUGAAUAUGAAUUAGGUAUAUUUCGCAGUUUCUGUCUAUUUGACAUUAUUGGUGGUAAUGGCCAUAAACCUCUUGACCCAGUGGGAUAAAAUAAUUGGUUAAAAAGUUAUUUUUUUGUUUGAUCUUUGAGCAGGAGUCAAGCUUUUGUCACUCAGGAUAAAAUCACCUAUAAAUGUUGUAGUUAUUUUAUCUUAAGUGCAGUUUUGAAACGUGGGGGUCAACUUCACAUGGGGUUUCGCAUUUCUGUGAACGGCCUUUGUGGAAUAUGAGCUCGCGGCUUGGUCCGCCUGUUGAAAUGAUAGGGUUCGGAAUGUGAGUAAGUGAUCUGAUGUCAUCGUAGAUGACACUUUAUUAUCAACCUACUGUACACCAACAAAACACAUCCUGAAAAGUAGUGGCAUGAAGUGUUUGUCAUUUGGCCCGACCGCCGCACGCGAAGACUGUUCGGCCAACGAGGGCUUCAAAUGGGUCCGAAGUUGUGGUCACUGAUACGCGAAGAAUUUUAGAUCAGUGGUUAAGGCGGCAUAUCCACUAACGGGCGCGUUAUUACUCAUCAGCCACAGUUCCGCUGAUCGAGUUUCAGACGUUAGGGAUCUCCCUCCCCAGUCAACCUCACUGCGUUUAUGUCACUGGCGCGUGUGAGUUGGUCCAAGAAGAACGGUCAAGCUGUCUGUGCAGGGCAACAGUCAGGCUACUUGACAGGAUUCGAGCGAGACGCGGAGACGUAGCUGGAGAGAUCUUUGGGCUGCCAAAAGAUGUCCCACCAGACGGGUAUCAGUGCAACAUCUGAACUGCAGGAAUUCUUGGCCAGGGCAAGGGGAGGUACCAUCAGAAUAGUCAAGAUUGUCAUCAGAGAUGAGGAGUUGGUGGUUGGCUCAUACAGAGAGCCUGUACAGAGCUGGGACAAGGAUUAUGAUCACUUCCUGCUUCCUCUGCUGGUUGCCCAGGAGCCCUGUUACAUCCUGUACCGCCUUGACUCCCAGAAUACACAGGGCUAUGAGUGGAUCUUCAUUGCUUGGUCACCUGACCAAUCACCAGUGAGACUGAAGAUGGUGUAUGCUGCCACCCGCGCCACGCUGAAGAAAGAGUUCGGCGGAGGCCACAUCAAAGACGAGAUGUUCGGCACCAGCGAGGAUGACCUGUGUUUCCAGGGUUACCUCCGCCACAUGUCCUCCUGCUCCUCCCCGGCUCCCCUCACUGCGGCUGAACAGGAGUUGCAUCAGAUUAGGGUCACAGAGGACAAAGUAGUGUGGGAUGAACGUAGGAGACAAAGUACACCUACGGCCAGAGCGAAGGUGACCAUGGAGUUUGGCUUGGAUAAAAGGCACCAUAACAUGCAAGGCUUGGUGUUUCCUCUUCAAGAAGACGCAAACAUUGCUCUGGAGCAACUUCAGCAAAGAAGAAUUAACUACAUCCAGCUGCGGUUGGACAUACAGAAGGAGACCAUCGAGCUAGUCCACACCAAGCCCACAGAGAUACACGACCUUCCCCUCAGGAUCCCCACCGACACGCCCAGAUACCAUUUUUUCAUGUUCAAACACUCCCACCAGGGUCAACAGCAGGAGGCGUUGGUCUUCAUUUACUCCAUGCCAGGAUACAGCUGUAGCAUCAAAGAGAGGAUGCUGUACUCCAGCUGUAAGAACCGACUACUGUUUGAGGUGGAGAGAGACUACCAUCUAGAGAUCGCCAAAAAGAUGGAGAUCGACAGCGGGGAUGGCUUGACCGAGGACUUCCUGUACGAGGAGGUCCACCCCAUGGAACACACCCUAAAGCAGGCUUUUGCCAAGCCCCGUGGCCCUGGAGGGAAGAGAGGCAACAAACGCAUCAUCAAAGGCACAGGAGAGAAUGGAGAGGAGAGCUAGAUACCCCACAGGAUGCUGCUAAUGCACACUCUGGCCCUCCCUGCUGUCUUUAUGUUCUGUCUUCUUCCUUUACCUGGAACUAAAAGUCCUUGAGAUACUAUUAUUGUCUCGUAUCCCCUCCCUAAAAGGCCUAGUGAUAAUCAG